AUGGAGUCUUGUUUAGCCGGGAAGCCGGAGAGAGUCGGGCCGGUGGAGGUGGACGACAUAAGGAGAGAUCUGCUGGGUGAAUUUGAUGCUGCGCCAGCUCAGGACAGUGCACAGUCUCAGUCUGAGAACCUGCAGGUCUACCUGAGGGUUCGACCGUUCACUGUAGUUGAGAGUGGCAAUGGAGAGUCACAGGAGUGUGUGACCAUCGAGGCACCGGACACCGUGGUCCUGAAGGCUCCCAGGAGCUGUCAGUCAAACCGACAGAGCGAGAAGUCCCUCCCACAGACAGCACAGAGGUUCAGCUUCACACAGGUAUUCGGUCCAGAUGCCAGUCAGAGGAAGGUGUUUGAGGGUUCAGUUCGUGGGUUGGUGCGAGACGUUCUGGAAGGAGGAAACUGUCUGGUGUUCACAUACGGAGUCACCAACGCUGGAAAGACGUUCACAUUCCUCGGUCCGGAUCAUGACUCGGGUCUGCUGCCCAGGUCUCUGUCCGUCAUCUUCAAUAGUAUCGAAGGUCGCCUGUACAGCCGGAGCGACCUGAAGCCUCAGCGCUGCAGAGACUUCAGCAGACUGACUCCAGACCAGCAGGCAGCAGAGAGCAGCAGCAAGAAGAACCUGCUGAGGCUUCUCAAAGAGAGUGACAGAAGUCUGACGUCUGGAAGAUCCACGUUUCUCGAAGGCUCAUCUCUCAGCACUGACAGCAGUCUGAACAGUGUCUCUGAGGCCGACAGUUUCUGUCUGGAUGUCGACUCAAAUGUCCGUUUCUCUGUCUGGGUUUCAUUCUGUGAGAUUUACAACGACAACAUCCACGACCUGCUGGAACAGGUUCCCAGUGGACACCACAAGAGAACGAUGUUACGUCUGUCUCAGGACGUCAAAGGAAACUCCUUCAUCAAAGACCUGCGCUGGGUCCAGGUAAACAGCUCUGAGGAGGCCUACAGAGUGAUGAAGAUUGGGAAGAAGAACCAGAGUUUCUCCUCAACCAGACUGAACCAGCUGUCUAGCAGGAGCCACAGCAUCUUCUCCAUCAGGAUCCUCAAAGUGGACGACGUGGGAGUUCCCAGAGUCCUCGGCAUCAGCGAGCUGGCUCUGUGCGACCUGGCCGGCUCAGAGCGCUGUUCUCGGACUCACAACACCGGAGAGAGACUGAAGGAGGCGGGAAACAUCAACACCUCUUUGCUCACGCUUGGGAAGUGCAUCAACGCCAUGAGACUCAACCAACAUGCCAAGUUCCAGCACCACGUUCCCUUCAGGGAGUCCAAGUUGACCCACUUCCUGCAGUUCUUCUUCUGUGGUGCCGGCCGCGUCUCCAUGGUGGUCAACAUCAAUCAGAGCGCGUCCUGCUUUGACGAGACACUCAAUGUCCUCAAGUUCUCCGCCCUCGCACAGAAGGUGGUGCUGUUGAACGCGAGGCCAGCCGUCCUGGACGACGCCCCACACAGGUCGGCCAUGGAGCUGUCGAUGAUGAUCGAUGACGCCGACCAGCACAGAAACGUGUCAGGGAGGGGCAGGAAGAGCUCGCUGGUCGCCUGGGAGACGACCCUGGAGGACGUGUUGGAGGAUGAGGAUGGUGAAGGGUGGAAGGAGGAAGAAGAGGAGGAGGAGAGUGUUAUGGAGGGAACUGUGCUGGAGGCAGGAGGUGAAGAAGACCAGACCAUGGAGGAAGAGGAAAAGUCGGACAGAGAGGCGGCGCUGCGUUUAGUUCUGGAGGCUCAGAUCAGAGAAGAAGUCAGCGCUGAGUUCAUGGAGCUUUUUAAUAAGAUGGAGAAAGACUACAGUGACCGUCUGGAGAAGGAGAGGGAGAUCCUGGAGGAACGAGCUGAGAAAAGAGUCGAGAUCCUGAAGAACCUCGUCAGCAAGACGGUCGACCUUUCAGCUGUGAACGUCGACAGCAGCAAGGAGGAGCAGGUGACUCUGUUGGAGGGAAUCAUCGGAUCAAUGACCGAAGACCUGGAGAAGAUCAGAGAGGACGCUCAGAGUGUUCACCGCUGUCUGACUGAACACACACACACUGCAGAGCUGGAGGCGCUGCGCUUUGAAAAGCAGCAGUCACAUGACCAACUGCAGGAAGCCAAGGAGAGUCUGGAGCAGCAGAGACACAAGUGUUCAGAGCUGAUGGAGAUGUGUCGGCAGAAAGACGACGUCAUCAACAGACUGCAGGCGGCCAUGGACGGUGCUGUGGAGAACGCCACCAGAGACAGAGCUCUGGUGGAGUCGAUCAGAGUGGAGCUGCUGGAGCUUCAACAGACCUGCCGCUGUGUGAGGAGAGCAGGAGGAGAGCAGGAGGAGGAGAGCAGGAAACGCAGGCGUAACCAUCUGGAUGACGAGGAGAGAGGAGGACCGGCCAAGAAGAGAGUGGUUCUGGAGGAGGAGAUCUGGAGGCUCCAGGAGGAGAAUGACAAGAAGGAGGAGACCAUCCUCCAGCUGAGAGAGCGUGAGGAGCAGGUGGAGAAGGAGAGGACGAGGCUGGAGGAGGAGCUGAGGAGACGGGAGGAGGAGGUGGAGGAGUUGAAGAAGGAGCAGCUUUUGCUGGAGCAAAAGGUGCAGCAGCUGACAGACCUGGACGAGUGUCCAAACUGUGUCUCUGUGUUUUCGUCUCUGGAGUCUGAGCAGAGGGAAACGUCCAGACUGACGAAGGAGAACAAAGCUCUGGUUAAUGGCAUCUUCCAGCUGCAGACAGAGGUGACCGGUCUCCAGAGGCGGCUCAGAGAGAAGACUGACAGGUCUGACAGCCUAUCAGAGCAGCUCAACACCACAGAGACCCGCCUCCAGGACCUGCAGAGCCAAUCAGAGGAGCAGACCAGAACCAUCAACAGUCUGACAGAAGAGGUGGAGAGUCUGAGACAGGAAGCCAAGGAGGGGGAGGGACGGAGCAGCAGCAGUGUUUUUCACGUUGCCAUGGCGCAGCUGAAGAAGGAGAGUGAAGCAGCGCUGCAGAGAUCAGCUGAUAAAUCACAACAGAUCAAAGACCUGGAGGAGAGUCUGACUCAAAGUGAGAACAGGUGUGUUGAGCUCACAGAGGAGUUAGCCAAUCAGAAAGCGGAAUUCUCCCACCUGAGGGCGGAGCUUGAGUCUGAGGGCGGAGCUCUGCAAGAGAGACUGGAGGAGAUAGAACGAUCAAAGGAGGAGAGGAGGAGAGAGGAGGAGAGAGAGAAACAAGAGCUGCAGCGAGUCCUGACGGAGAAGGAGACACUUGUAGCAGAGACUCACAGACAGAUGGAGACUCUGAGACGAGAGCUGGAGCGUCUGAAGGAGGCGCUGCAGAGGAGGGAGGAGGAGGAGGAGAAGGAGAACAGAGAGGAGGAGAGGAAGGUGUUGAUGGUGGAGGAGCUGAAGGAGGAGAUCCAGAGAUUCCAGGAGAGGAGGGGGAGACGACCAAAGGAGCAGGUGGGGGGGGGGAGCACGAGGAGGAGCAGAGAGUUUGAGGCAGUGAAGAGAGAGAUGGAGAGACUACAGAGGCUGAAGGAGGAGAGAGAGAAGGACACACAGGUGAGUGUGUCUGUCCUCUCUCCUGAGCAGGACAUUCACGUCUCUCCUCUGAGGUCCAGCAUGGCUGACAAGAAGAAAACCCCCAAAACCACCGGGAGGAAGAGGAAGAGCUGCGAGGUGCAGGACCUGGUAUUCAGUGAAAAUAAGAGAAACAAAGUGAGAGGAAACACUCGGAGCAACAAACCAUCUGUUUCUUCUUCUGUGGUGAAGGAGAAGAGAGACGGGACUCUGCAGAAGAUUGGAGAGCUGAUCCACAGUUCACCCUCGAUCCUGGGCUGCAAAGCUAAAACCAUCCUUGGUCUGGUCAGCGGACAAUCAGUGGAGAAGGAGACUGUUACCGUGGCAACCAAACCUCGACGAGGACGCAAGAAGCUUUACAAGACGGAUGCCUCGACUCCACUGCUGGACUCUCCACACAUGACGUCUGAAGGAGCAGAGGAGGAGAAGGAGAGCGACCAUGUCACCAUCAAGAGACAGCUGCGCUCCAAAACCUGCAGGAAGUGAUGUCAUCACCCUGCGACGACACUACGCUGUAAGAUGUUUUUAACCCUCAGACUUCUGAAGAAGUCUUUUGAAGAAGAAGUUUGUUCUUUAGUAACUGGGCAAUUUGUGAUUUCAGUAGUUUUUUUAUUGCUGUGGUCAAAAUAAA